AAUUGUUGUUGAAUUGAUUCAUUGUCUACGAUAUGUUUAUUUCAUUAUAUUUGCCAUAACUUCAUUAAUUGAGUCGUGUCAAGGCUUACAACUAAACGAUGAGUUUAGUCCGUCGGUCACUGCCCGAUGCGAUCGGGGACUUAUGUACAUAUAUGUAGUCACAUUGCAGCCAUUUAACGGUGUCGUACAUACUCGGGGUCAUCGGAAACAUCCGUGUCUGGUUCAGGGAUCGGGCGGUUUCAAUACGACCAUCAAAGUCAGCCUAUUGGCCAACGAAGGCGAUGAACUAUACUGUGGUUAUAAUAAGUUUAAUGGCGACCGAUCGGUAUCGGUAGCCGUUAGGCCACACAAAUCGCUGGAACUAUCGGACGAUAAAUACUAUUUCAUGACUUGUCAACAGUUGGGCUACAAGAGUGUCAGAGGUGGCACAUAUAGUGUAACAUUAAGGGUAACCGAUUUAAGUGGCCAACGAGUUACCCGUGCCGUACACGGAAGUCCGUAUAUUUUGAGAGCACAGUUACAUCCAUUUGAUAUUAUCACGACAUUACGGGUGAAAAACUGUUUCUCAUUCAGUACGGACAGAGAUCACGUCCAACUGUUGGACGAGUCGGGCUGUCCGACCAAAACCCAACUGAUGUCACAGUUUUUGUACAACAGUUCCCAUUCGGCCGAAGCCAUUGUCUACGAGAUGUUCAAGUUUAGCGAUACCAACAAAAUAUUCAUCCAAUGCGAUGCCAUACUGUGUCGGGGCGGCUGUCAGGAACCGGUAUGCGAUUCGGCUACGGCUGGUGAUGGGACGGGUGCGGUGGACACUAAACCACGAGAGUUGGCCAUCGAUUCCUAUUCACAGAUAUCCGCUUCGACAUCGUUGUACGUGUUUGAGCCGUCAGAGGAAAGUCUAUUGGCCGCCAAUCUGACCGAAUGUAACGAAUGGCGCUUUCCGUGGCUUAUCGUACUAUGCAUUGUACUGACAGUCCUAUUAGUUUUGAUGCUUUUGGUCAAUCUAUUCAUGUGUUCAUCGCUAUCGUGUCGUUGUGUCAAAACAGAGGUAAUCGAAAGGGAGCCGUCGGAAGUCGAUGACUACGAUCCCUAUCAUAUCAAUUGGAUAACACCUAAUACCGGGUACACUAGUGGUGGUGGCGGCGGCGGCGGCGGCGGCGGCUCACGGAUGUCACUAAACAGGAGUGCCUUCAAUAACAACUCGUUUACAUCGAACAAGUCAUUGGCCGCGACGGCCGCCACCAACCGAUCUCAUCAUUUGGUCUAUUAUAGGGACCAUUUUGUGCCGAAACAUUAUUCAACAUUACAGUCAUCGUCGGCCGGCGGCCAUACAACUACUACUAACGGUACUAACCGUCCACUAUCCAGGUAUUCCACUCAUUCGACCAAAUCGCAGACAUCGCAAAAAUCGCGUAAAUCACAAAAGUCACAAAAGUUGCCGAAAAUUGUCGAAAUCGACUAUUCAAACGACUUCAAGCCAUUCACAUAUUCAUUAAGAUAACAGUUA